AUGACUUUCCAAGAGACGAACCCCGCCCACGCUUGCUCUCCAUAUAAAAUACACCGCCGGUGUCCAGUCAACAUCACUCCUUUCAAGCUUGACCGAAGCAGACAUGAAAGUGCAGCAGUCGUAGUCCUCUCGCUGGCGGCGCUGGCUCGGGCGGCGCCUCAGGAGGGCUACAACUACCCGACGCCCGGGAUUCAAGGACUGCCUCUGGCCGGAUCCGGAUCGGCUUCCGGACAGUUCUCUUCCGGGUCCGGCUUCGGCCAGGACCAAUACCCUUCCGUGCCCGCCCAGUACGCCUUCCAGUGGGACGUCAACGACGCGCCUUCAGGGAACUUCUUCGGCCACGGCGAACAGAGAGACAACGACAACACUCAGGGAAAGUACUACGUGCAGCUUCCUGACGGUCGCCGCCUGGUGGUCGAGUAUUACGUGGACAGCGCCGGCUACCACCCCACCGUGUCCUUCGAGGGCGAGAUCACAGCCGGAGGUCAGGGGCAGUAUGGGCAGGGUCAAGGAGGAGGAUCAGGACAGUUCGGGAGAGGUCAGGGCGGUGGACAGGGUCAGGGAGGGUCCGGGGCAGGAGCAGGGCAAGGGCAGGGAUACCCACCAUCGGGUCCGGGUCCGAGCCCAGGCCUUCCGCUGCCCUCCCAGUCCUACGGCCAGCCUGCCAAAUGA